AUUCUGAAAUUAUGUUCUUUCUGCUUUUCUGGUAUUAAAAUGUGUCCUGUUAUGGAAGAAGGUGAUAGUAGAUAGUGUGUGUGUGUGUGUGUUUGUGUGUUUGUGCACGUGCACUUAAUGUCCUGACUGAGCAAAAUAAAAAGUAGUGGUCCUCUGCUAAUCCUCUUAUUAGAAAGCCAUUUAAAUUCAGAAGGCUAGACCCCCUGAUCAAGGGGAGUGGCUGGCUGGAGCUACUGGAGACGGGCCAGGUUAGGCUUUGAGUUCCAGGGGUACCUCCUGACCUGCAGGUAGAGGUCUGAGGAUGUUCAUCACAAGAAACAGUAUUAACAACAAGGUUCCAGUAUAACUUUGUGCAGUGUUGUGUCACAGUGUAAAGGAGAAAUUUAAUUUUUAAAAUAAAUGCACAAGACUUUUGCCACGGUACAUAUUGUUAUUUUAUUUGAAACUGUACUGAGAUAUUUCUGCCAAGUGCUUCAACUAGUAUUGCAUUAUUUGUUUAUAAUCACAAAAGAUGUUACUGUACUGGCAUUUGUUUUUAAAAAGCUGUCGAUAUUCAACCAGCAUGCCUUGGACUUUACUGUGGGAAGACCCUAUUAUUUAAAAAUGGCUCAACUGAACUGUAUGGAGAAUGUGGGGUGUGUCCGAGAGGACAGAGAACAAACGCACAGAAGUACUGCCAGCCUUGCACAGAGUCUCCAGAGCUCUAUGAUUGGCUCUAUCUUGGAUUCAUGGCUAUGCUUCCCCUUGUUUUGCAUUGGUUCUUCAUUGAAUGGUACUCGGGGAAAAAGAGUUCCAGUGCACUUUUCCAGCACAUCACCGCAUUAUUUGAAUGCAGCAUGGCCGCCAUCAUCACCUUACUUGUGAGCGAUCCAGUCGGUGUUCUUUAUAUCCGUUCAUGCCGAGUACUGAUGCUUUCUGAUUGGUACACGAUGCUUUACAACCCAAGUCCAGAUUAUGUCACCACCGUGCACUGUACUCACGAAGCUGUCUACCCACUCUACACCAUUGUAUUUAUCUACUAUGCGUUCUGCUUGGUGUUAAUGAUGCUGCUCCGGCCUCUGCUGGUAAAGAAGAUUGCCUGUGGGUUAGGGAAGUCGGAUCGAUUUAAAAGUAUUUACGCUGCACUUUACUUCUUCCCCAUUCUAACCGUGCUUCAGGCCGUUGGUGGAGGCCUUUUAUAUUACGCUUUCCCAUACAUUAUAUUGGUGUUAUCUUUGGUUACUCUGGCUGUGUACAUGUCGGCCUCUGAAAUAGAGAACUGCUAUGAUCUUCUAGUCAGGAAGAAGAGACUCAUCGUCCUCUUCAGCCACUGGCUACUUCAUGCUUACGGGAUCAUCUCCAUCUCCAGAGUGGAUAAACUCGAGCAAGACUUACCCCUUUUGGCCUUGGUACCCACUCCAGCCCUUUUUUACUUGUUCACAGCAAAGUUUACUGAACCUUCACGGAUACUCUCAGAAGGAGCCAAUGGACACUGAAUAUAACAUGCCAAAACCCCUAAGAAGCAUUCUUAAUAAAAAAGUAAAGAAAUUAAAAAUG